UGCUCAGUGUGGGAUGUGUCUAAUCGCUGGUGUCUCUGUGUUGCAGCUAGCUGGAGUUGCUUUCAUUGCGGUUGGUUUCUGGGCCUGGAGUGAGAAGGGAGUCCUGUCGGACCUGACUCAGGUGACCCGGCUACAUGGGUUUGACCCGGUCUGGUUGGUCCUGGUGGUCGGUGGAGUCACCUUCAUCCUGGGCUUCGCUGGCUGCGUGGGAGCUCUGAGGGAAAACAUCUGUCUGCUGAAGUUUUUUUCGGGAGUGAUCGGCCUGAUCUUCUUCCUGGAGCUGACGGCUGCAGUUCUGGCGGUGGUUUUUCAGGGUCAGGUCAGAGAAUGGAUCAUCGAGUUCUAUCUGGCGAACAUCAAAGCGUACAGAGACGACAUCGACCUGCAGAACCUCAUCGACUCCCUGCAGCGCGUGAACCACUGCUGCGGUGCUCAGGAUCCGGUUGACUGGGAUCAGAACAUAUACUUCAGCUGCAACGGAACCCAUCGCAGCAGGGAGAAGUGUGGGGUUCCGUUCUCCUGCUGCAUCACUGAUCCUGCUGACUCGGUGGUGAACACUCAGUGUGGCUACGACGUGAGGAGCAAAUCAAAGAGGGAGUGGAGCGACCACAUCUACACCAAAGGCUGCAUCACGGCGCUGGAGGACUGGUUGCCUGGAAACCUGUACACCGUCGCCAUCGUGUUCAUCGUCAUCUCUCUGCUGCAGAUGGUGGGGAUCUACCUGGCCAGGACGCUGAUCUCUGACAUUGAGAAGGUCAGAUUCAGCUAUUGAAACCUCCACCUGCAGGGGGCGGGGCUUCCAUCGCUAAAGGGUGGAGCUUGCACCAGGUGUUACUGGACCAACUUUCUUCAGUCAGAUGUGCCUUCCUUUUCUUCUGUCUUUUUCUUCCACUUCUUCUUCUUCUUCUUCUUCUUCUUCUUCCUCUUCGUUGCUGUGGUAACGGAGAACAGACUGAGUACACACCUGACAGGUGACGUACGUCGUGGUUCUGCUGUUCUGGAAGAACGUCAGCUUCUGUUUGUUUCUCUGAUGUCAUGUGACUGAGCUCUGCACCAGAGAGGCCUUUUACCUGAACAGGUGUGACCUGAGGGCUGUUUACUGCUCACUGCCUGCUUCAUCUUCAUCAUCCUCAUCAGAGGUUUGUUCUUCUUCCAAUCAGCUGAUUGAUUGAUCGAUCGAUCGCUGCAGGUGUGAAAGUAACAAACUGAUGAAGACGAUGAUGAAGGCGCUCCUUCAGGUCACCACACUGGAUUGAUGUUAACAAGCUUUGAAUGAAUAAAGUUCUGUUUAAAUGAUGUGUGAAUAAAGAUUUCAGGGUGUCUGACCAAUCAGAUUUAUUGAUUAAAUGUUCUGUAAAUCUGAGCCGA